UGGAGGGAGACGAACCUGUGGGGGCCCCGGGCUCGGGGGCGGGGAAAGCCGCUGUGGCAGGACUGGGGUCCCCUGAGCGGGGGUUGCUGUGGAAGACAGCUUGGCCGGCCCCAGGUCUGUUGACCUGUACCCCACCUCUCACACAAGCCCCCACCAUAAUGACAUUUGACCUGUGUGCCACAGCUGGGGGAAUUCCCAGCCACCAUUCGUGAGUCUAGUCAACCUCUCCCUGUUACCGAGCGCCACUUGUGAUGUUGCAGCAGCACGGAAUGGUCCAGCACCCAAGAACACAGACAUUGCCUCAGUGACGUUAAACAUGCAUUGCUUCAGGCUCCAUUCCAGACUUCCUGAAUCACAGUCUUCAUUUUUGAAAGGUUUGUUUUAUUUAUUUGAAAGUCAGAGUUACAGAGAGAGAGGGACAGAGACACAGAGAUCUUCUAUCCACUGGUUCACUCCCCGCGUGGCCACAAUGGCCAGGGCUGGGCCAGACUGAAGUCAGGAGCUUCUUCUCAGUUUCCCUCGUGGGUGCAGGGGCCCAAGCACUUGGGCCAUCUUCUGCUGCUCUCCCAGGCACAUUAACAGGAAGCUGGAUCAGAGUUGGAGCAGCAAGGACAUGAACAGUUGUUCAUAUGGGAUGCCAGUAUCAAAGAUAGCAGGCUUUACCCACUACAUUGCCAUGCUGGCCCCAUAGUCUUCAUUUUUUUUAUUAAGAUUUAUUUAUUUAUUUGAAAGAGCUACAGAGAGAGAGAGAGAGAGAGAGAGAGAGAUGUCUUCCAUCAGCUGGUUCAUUUCCCAGUUGGCCACAAUGGUCAGAGCUGUGCCAAAGCCAGGGGCCAGGACCUUCUUCGGGGUCUCCCACACAGGUGCAGGGGCCCAAGGACUUGGGCCAUCUUCUACUGCUUUUCUAGGCUACUGCAGAGAGCUGGAUCAGAAGUGAAACAGCUGGGACUGGAUCCAGUGCCCUUAUGGGAUGCCAACACUGCAGGUGGUGGCCUUACCUGCUAUGCCACAGCACUGCCCCAAUACACAGUCUUCAUUUAAAAAAAUAUGUAUUUAUUUAUUUGAAAGAGUUACACAGAGAGAAGGAGAGGCAGAGAGAGAGAGAGAGAGAGAGGUCUUCCAUCUGAUGGUUCACUCCCCAAAUGACUGCAAUGGCUGGAGCUGUGCCGAUCCGAAGCCAGGAGCUUCUUCCGGGUUUCCAGUGUGGGUGUGGGGGCCCAAGGACUUGGCCAUCUUCUGCUUUCCCAGGCCACAGCAGAGAGCUGGAUGGGAAGUGGAGAGGGUCUCAAAUUGGCGCCCAUAUGGGAUGCCGGCACUUCAGGCCAGGGUGUUAACCCACUGGGCCACAGCGCCAGCCCCUACACAGUCUUCAUUUUUAACAACAGCCUCCUCAGGUGAUUUCUGUGCAUGCUGGAAUUGUAAAUUACCAUGGUAAACUUCUCCAAAUUGGCAAUCUAGGAGGCAGUGUGGGACCACCUGGAUUAGGCUCUGCAGAUGGUGGCCUAUGCAGAUACUGAGGUUUGAGCUUUGUGAAUCAGACUCCAGUGUCAAGAACUUUGUGGCAUCCCAAGCAGCAUUUUCCACUUAAAUGGGGUGAUUGGUAGAAAAACCUAUGGUGAACAUGAAUGCCUGAAUGUGUGCAAGUAGUCAGGAAAGGCAAGCCAGUGGACACAGAGGGGCUCAAUCAGAGGUUGAGGAGCUGACAGAAUGUGUGUUGGGGAUACAUGGGUUUAUUCAUCAAGUUUUGGCAUCCCGCAAACAUGAUCUCUAACCAAGGUUUCCACUUGAUAGUAAGAGAUGUGGCAGCCAGAUGUGCCAGUAAGAGAUGUGGCAAGAUGACCCUCGGUGAUCCUGGCCUUGUGGAAUCCUUCCCAGGUUUAUCUGGGAUGAGAGUGCAAAGAAUAGUAUGUAAGAAGCAUUGGGGACCAUUGCCGUGGUGUACCAGGCUAAGCCUCCGCCUGUGGCACUGGCAUCCCAUAAAGGUGGCCAUGUGUGUCUUGCCCAUUCGUGUCCACUUCCAAUCCAAUUCCAUGCUAUUGUGCCUGGGAAAGCAGUGGAGGAUGGCCCAAAUGUUCGGGCUCUUGCACCCAUGAAGGAGACUGGAAGAAGCUCCUUGCUCCUGGCUUCAGAUCAGCCCAGUUCCAGCCUUACAGCCAUUUGGGGAGUGAACCAGUGGAUGGAAGACCUCUCUCUCUGUCUCUCAGAUAAAUAAGGUAAUAAAUUUAAAAACAAAGAAGCAGUGGCGUGUGACUUCUGGAGCUGUAUCAUAAAGGCUGUUGUGGCUUCUGUAGUGCGUCUCGAAGCCCUGCUCGGGGGACACCAGCAGUUCUGUGUGAGGACACUUCACAUUAGCUCUGUGUGGAGGUCCAGGGAGUAAGUGAGGUUGCUGCCAAUGGCAGUGAAUGAAGGAGGAGCUCUCUUGGAGUUGAUUCUGCAGCCUGAGUCAGCCUCCGGGACUGAGCCCCUGCCGGCAACGUACCUGCAGUCUCACACAGAAGCCUGACCCGGAACAGGACCAGAGUCCCAUCUCAGAAGAUCUAUGACAAAUGAUCUAUGACAAGUGAGACAAAUGCUUGCUGUUUUAUGUUGCUAAGUUUUGGAAGUUUUGGGUCUCCGAUGGGUCUGUGGAUUAGGGUGCCAGUCUCAGAUAAGGAUGAUUCAUUGUGAGCUGGGAAGACAUCUCCAAAGGAGUCUACUCUGGACAAUGGGCUUCCGCAAUCCUGGCGUGCUGUGAGCUCCCUGGGAUCUCUGUCUCUUUGAUUACAGAAGGAGCAUACUUGAUAUGGUGCCUUAAAGGAUCAAGCACAAAUCUGUAGUGCUACCCUGCCAUCCUUUUCUGCAAACAUAUCCCUAACUCUGUGUAUAAGAUACAAGAGAAAAUGAAAGGUUCACUCAGGUAAUUGUGAAAUAACCCCAGUUUCUGACAUUAGAAAGUAGGAAGAGGGCCAGUGUUGUGGAUCAGUGGGUUAAUCCACUGCUUGGGAUGGCAGCAUUCCAUAUCAAAGUGCUGGUUUGAGUCUCAGCUACUCUGCUGUCCAACUGCUUGUUAAUGAACCUGGGAAGGAAGCAGAAGAUGGCUCAAGUAUUUGGGCUUCUGCUACCCAUGUGGAAGACUUGGAUAGAACAACAAAAAUAAUGAUUGGUUUUGAAAACCUAUAAAUAUAGCCUAGAUGAAUAGGAUGAGGUCUUGGAGAAUUUUCUCUGGGACUUGUCUCUAUCCAUGUCCCCAAGAUGUGAAUGACCCAGGAGUUAGAUCACAUCCUUUGCCGUCAUUGCUGAGUCCACGGGGAUUGGGAAAUAGAUGGGACAAUUACCUUGAACUUGUCUGUAAUGAGACUCUCAGGGAGUCUGGUCUCAGGGGUCAUGGAAGCCAUGUAAACACCUGCCUGUGACUCCCCACACAUCCUUUCUGCACGGAGGGGGAAGGCUGUGACCAUCUCCUCUUCCCUAGCUCAGAACCUGCCUGUAUGUCUAAGACUUCUCACUGCUUAGAGUAAGAGUGGUAUUGGCCAAUUCCUGCAGGGUGGAGAACACUUGACAGCAGCAUUGCUCAUGUCUGUCAGGUACUAGCUUAACAGUGGGGAUUCUGGAUGGAAAGUGGAGCAGCUGAAACUUGAACUGACGCCCAUAUGGGAUGCUGGCAUUGAGGUGGUGGCUUAACUGUUAUAUCACAGUCCAGGCCCCUGAUUGAAGGUUUUAAGGAACCUUGGUGCUAAAUCUUCCCCAUCCAGGUAGCAGUAGUAAGAUUCUUGUAUUCAUUAACUGAAGGAUGAUACAGACAUAGUGAUAAUCGCUAUGUCUGAUCCCAUUAUUAACUGUUAAGCUCAUAGAGAGACCGGGCUGCGGCUCACUAGGCUAAUCCUCCGCCUGUGGCGCCAGCACCCCUGGUUCGAGUCCUGGUUGGGGCUCCGGUUCUGUCCUGGUUGCUCCUCUUCCAGUCCAGCUCUCUGCAGUGGCCCGGGAAGGCAGUGGAGGAUGGCCCAGGUCCUUGGGCCCUGCACAAGCAUAGGAGACCAGGGGGAAGCACCUGGUUCCUGGCUUCGGAUCAGCGCAGCGCGCUGGCCGUAGCGGCCAUUUGUGGGGUAAACCAACCGAAAGGAAGACCUUUCUCUCUGCCUCUCUCUCACUGUCUAACACUGCCUGUCAAAAAAAAAAAAAAAAAAAAAAAAAAGGUCAUAGAGAAAGUUCAUUGAGAGAAAGCCUGAUACAAAGACAGAGAAGGGCUGUGUCUUUGCUUACCUGUUGGUUUAAUGUUAAUGUUUAGAAAAUCAAAAGGUUGAAUCCAGUGGGACCAGCAUCAUGUGGGACUGAGGGUUGGAAGUUGUGGGUGUGGGGACCAGGGGUAGAUUCUGACUACUAUCUCUAACACAGGGUUCAUUAGCAUGUCCAUAGAUGGGUCUUGACUUCUGCAUCCAGUCCCUCAGCUUUCCCAUUUCUGUCCUCUUUAUUUUCUCUGCAUCUGGGCUCAGACCCAUGGGAGGGGCCAACGAGUCGAGUGUCUCCGAGUUCCUCCUCCUGGGACUCUCGCGGCAGCCCCAGCAGCAGCGGCUGCUGUUUGUGCUCUUCCUGAGCAUGUACCUGGCCACGGUCCUGGGGAACCUGCUCAUCGUCCUGGCCAUCGGCACAGACUCCCGCCUGCACACCCCCAUGUACUUCUUCCUCAGCAACCUGUCCUUCGUGGACGUCUGCUUCUCCUCCACCACCGUCCCCAAGAUGCUGGCCAAUCACGCCCUCGGGAGUCAGGCCAUCUCCUACUCUGGCUGUCUCACGCAGAUGUACUUUGUUUUCCUGUUUGUAGAUAUGGACAAUUUCCUCCUGGCCGUGAUGGCCUAUGACCGCUUUGUCGCCGUGUGCCACCCCUUACAUUACACAACAAAGAUGACUCGUCAGCUCUGUGUCCUGAUGGUCGCUGGGUCCUGGAUCAUUGCCAAUCUGAAUGUCCUGUUGCAUACCCUGCUGAUGGCACGACUGUCAUUCUGUGGGGACAACGCCAUCCCCCACUUCUUCUGUGAUGUGGCUGCUCUCCUGAAGCUAUCCUGCUCAGACACACGGCUCAAUGAGAUGUUGGUUCUUUUUGAAGCAGGACUGAUCAUGAUCGCCCCCUUUGUUUGCAUCCUGGUGUCGUAUGUCUUUAUUGCUGCUGCUGUGCUGAGAGUGCCCUCCAUUCGGGGCAGGUGGAAAGCCUUCUCCACCUGUGGUUCCCACUUGGCUGUGGUGUUUCUCUUCUAUGGCACCAUCAUAUCCUUGUAUUUCAACCCUUCGUCCUCACACUCGGCUGAGAAAGACAUAGCAUCUGCAGUGAUGUUCACGGUGGUCACUCCCAUGCUGAACCCUUUCAUCUACAGCCUGAGGAACAAAGACAUAAAAGCUGCUCUUGGGAAAGUGGUGGCCAUGAGAUUUCUGUCUACUCGGUAAUGAUCCAGGCUAACUAAAUCGUAUAGGUAACUGAUUUCCAAGAAAAUUCUGUUUGUGUUUUCUGCUGUGGGAAAUGUGGUACUUGCUUUGUAAGAGAAGCAUGUAGUAUACAUCUUGGGAGAACAAAACUCUUGAUACAGAUUAUUUGGGAAAAAAGAUGGAAAGAGACUGUUUCAUCAGAUGACUUGACUCUUGCAAUUUUCAGUGCCCUCCAGUGAAACCCACCCCACACUACACCUGGGUAACGUGGGUGUUGAAUAAUUUGUGUUUCUUACUCAAUUAGACAAGACUGAGCAUGCACCCUCGUGGAAUAGUGAGGCAUCUCAGUAGGAAGUUGCCACGGAGAAAUUAGGGGCCUGGGAUUGUGUGAAGUGAUGUUGGUGAGGAAUGAGGCACUGGGCUUUUUGCUCAGGAUCAGAAGCUGUUACAGAGGAGGGACCAUUCUUGACCUUUCUUUCUGUCUCUCUCACUGUCCACUCUGCCUGUCAAAAAAAAAAAAAAAAAAAGCCGGCGCUGCAUCUCACUAGGCUAGGCUAAUCCUCCACCUAGCGGCGCCAGCACACCAGGUUCUAGUCCCAGCCGGGGCGCCGGAUUCUGUUCCGGUUGCCCCACUUCCAGGCCAGCUCUCUGCUAUGGCCCGGAGUGCAGUGGAGGAUGGCCCAAGUACUUGGGCCCUGCACCCCAUGGGAGACCAGGAUAAGUACCGGGCUCCUGCCUUCAGAUAGGCGUGGUGCGCCGGCCGCAGCUGCCGGCCGCGGCGGCCAUUGGAGGGUGAACCAACGGCAAAGGAAGACCUUUCUCUCUGUCUCACUGUCCACUCUGCCUGUCAAAGAAAGAAAAAAAAAAACAGGAGGGACCAUUCUGACUGGACCAUUUACUGUAUUUUAUCCAGAAUGAAGCAAGAGUUGACUAAGGCCAAGGUGUAACUGACAAAGCUACAGCAGUUGCUCAUUUCAGUCCCCUUAGGGGGGCAGUGGAUGAUUCCUGUGGCUAGGACAGUAUUCAGGUGUUUGUGCUCAGACAGGAUUGCAGAGUGGCCGUGUUGUCCUGCUCCAUGACGGGCACGGAGUGGCCUUAUUUGAUGGUGAAGUUCUGUGAACAUCUCCGUGUGAAUCUGGUUGGUUUGGGAGUUCCUGGCCAGCUCCUGAGUGUCGUGAUCAUCGCUAUUUUUCAGUUUGCAGAGCUUGUCCUGAGUGUGUUUGAAGUGAGAUCAGACUUGUUGAGGCUGAGUGAGAGGUUUAUGCAGAACUCCAGAAAGCCCUGACUUGGCAAUUUUUUUGAGCCAGUGAUUUUUAUCUUCUUAUCUGAGCUUUAUGUAUCACUGAGUGUUACGUGAGGAGUAUGCAUAAGUUAAUAAGAAAUAUCCCUCACAUGAUCCUCAUCUUCACUGAGGUGCUUAUCCCCUGCAGACUCAUUGUCACCCUCAUCCCCUCCACAAGGUAGCCCCUCUCUGAGCCUAGUGGGUGCAGAUACGGUGUAAAGGCCGACCCCUCCUCAUUCCAGAAAGAACAGCCUGACACAUGCAUGGGCAGCCGCCCUCAGUAGUUGACCUUGUAAGUGAACUGUGUCCUAGUGCUUUUCAUCUGUUGUCCCUGCCUUGCCCCGCCCUGAUCUGUGGACUUCUGGGCCCACUCGCCGCUUCCAGGCCUCUGACCAGCAAGGGGCUUCUCAGCCAUCCUCCGUUGAGUGCUCAGUGUUUAGGGAUGAAUUACGGAUGUCAUUUCUCUCUUCACAGGGUGUUUGUUUAUGGAAGGUUUGAUCUGGCCCUACACCUGUAGCAUCUCUCAACUCUGUAGUAACCCUUGGUAAAACAUUGUGUUGUGGGUUCCCUGUAGCACUAGGCUGCCCAGCCUGGAUGGCAGUGGGGUCGUUUUGCCCUGGCACUGGUUCUCAGAUGUGGCUGAAGGAAAUAUUUAAAUAUCCACUAGAAUCCCUCUGUCUGGGCAUGUCAUUCAACUACAUUUUUUCCACCGUCUGUUCUUUGUAUCUCAGCACACUCAGUUAUUUCUGUUCAGAUAGUAAUUUUCAAAUAACUGCUUAUCUAAAUUACUGCCUGGCUUCCGCACUUUUAUUAUAUAGCCCUUUAUUUAUUUCCAUCAAGUCUUGCUGAAUGUUCUCACUCAUAAUUGUUUCUGCAUGAAAACAGAGUAAAUUUACUAUUUAACAGUCUGAUUUCACAUUGUUUGGAAAAUGAUUGCAGGAAAUGUAUUGACAAAUAUGUGAAGCUUAUAAUUUUCUCCUUGUGUUUGGACUUUAGCAAUUUUACUGUGCUGUGUCUGGCUUUGGGUCUCUUUGUGUUUGUUCUACUUGAAGUUCAUUGAGCAUGCUGGGUGUGUAGGUUAUGUUUCAAAAAAUUUGGGAAGUCUUUAGUCAUUAUUUCUUCAGAUUUUUUCCCUCUCCCUUGUCUCCUCUCUGGCCACUACUCCCAUUUUGUGUCAUUUGAUACACCUGAUGGUGGCCACAUUUCUUUGACACUAGAUCUUUUUUCCUUGUUCUUUUUCUCUUCAGUUUGCAUAUCUCUGUCCACUAACCUCACAUUUACUGAUUUGUUCCUCUAGAGGUUCAAGUCUUUUG